GCCCCAUAUGGACCUGUCUGCCUCCUAUUUCCCUAUCUUGGGAGGUAUUUUUACAGGAAAGCUUUAUUGUUGACGUAUUGUGGGUGCAGUAGUGCAACAGGAAGAAACUUGCAGCAAAACAAAGCCAAAUGGAGAAGACUGGUGAAAACACUCCGAUGCAAAGGACAGACAGUGCUGAACCGCUGGUUGGUGGGGCAAGAUACAGAGGGCGCCCCACUGGCUACGCCCUGAAGGUGGCAAGUCUGACGAUACUGGCAUGUCUGUUGGUGGCCAGCCAGGUGUUUGUGGCCAUCAUGGUGUUUAGCCAAAAGCAGCAGAUCCAUACGCUGCAGAAGGACUUUGACGGGCUCAGCAGGCAGCUACAUGCAGCUCAAGUUGCCCCAUUCAAGUUGCGCCAGCCAAUGAACCACUUCCCACAGAUGCAGGCAUUUGCAGAUCUAGACUCAGUGGCGACCAAGGCACCUGUGAAAGAAGAGAAGAAGAUGGAAUCCAUUGGCGUGGAUGAGAUGCUUGGUCUCAUGGAGGAGAACUUUGAGAUGCCCAAAUUCAAUGACACUGUGCUGGGUAACCUGAAGAGCCUGAAGAAACAGCUGAAUCAGAGUAACUGGAAGAGCUUUGAAUCUUGGUUGCGCAACUGGAUCAUCUUCCACAUGUCCCAACAGAAGCCUCCAACUCCUACAGGAUCCUCCACAAAGACCAAAUGUCAAAUCCGCGCAGAGGUUAAAAGCAGCCAACUGGAUCCAUUCCGUCCUGUGUGUGACUUGAAGGGUCGAUAUGAAGCCAUUCAGUGCUGGCACGUCAUCGGCGUUUGCUGGUGCGUGGAUGUUGACAGUGGUGCCGCCAUCGAGGGCACCUUCACAAAAGGCCGCCCCAAAUGCGAGACAGCUAAUGAUGAUGAUGAUCCCAUUAUUGAAGACCUUGUAUAGUGUUGAAGAAGGGAAGGCAAGAGCUGCUUAUUUCUUCAUCUUCAUCUGACACAUCACUUCAUAUACUGUAAUGAAACUAGCUUACUGCUGUAGUGGGGAUACAUAUAUAAUUGCUUGUUACGCAUUUUGGCUUUUUGGGGUUCUCCACUCCGUUUUCAUCUCAUGUCCCCCAUGGUUGGUUUCAUUAGGACAACAAUCUCCCCCCUCCACUUUCACCACAUAGGGUGACAAAACUCUACGGUUAAACAAAGGACUAAUGUUCCUCUUUCGUUGGGACGGACAUGGAGCUUGCUUAGCACAUGCUACAACUACUGGAUUUACUCCAAACAUUUUAAGAAUUUGCACUUUGUAGUCAGAAUUUUAAUCAACCCCCUUCCUGAAAUCAUAUCGCCAACUCAGCAAAGCAGACAAAUCCUUCAAGCCAGACAGAUACUAUUUGCGGAUCACGUUAAGACUAAAGUCACGUGUUUUGUUGUACAUUUAUAAGCCUGAAUAGUGCUGGGAGCAGAUAACUACUUGUCUAAGUGCUCAGCAAUCUUUGCACGCUGUAAAUAAUGACAUCUUUGCUUAACAUAAAAGAAGGAGUAAUUUUCAGUCCAUGUUUGUAACUUUUCGUCACCUAGGGUGACAUGUUUUCAAUGAUGGCUGAAUUGAAAUUCUUAAAAAUACUACGUGUGGAAAUAGCUACAUCUUUGUUUCUUUGCUGAACUAUGCUACAUCUUGGCCAGGACUCAUUGCAAAGAAAAAACAUUUCUAGUUGGUUAAAUAUUCUAAAAUACAAAAGUCUUCAUAAAUGUGAAUGCCAACACUAAAGUCAAUAAAGAAUUUAACAUUUUGAAAUUCAA